GCACUUCCGUUGUCACUAAAUUGAAGCCGAGACUGACAUUUGAAGUGCUUUUUGUGCAAAUUUUAUUCGAAUAUUUUGGUAAAUAAAGCUGAUUAAACCCGCACCAUGGCUCUACACGUCCCUAAAGCCCCCGGCUUUGCCCAGAUGUUAAAAGAAGGCGCAAGGCACUACUCCGGUCUUGAAGAGGCCGUCAUUCGAAAUAUCGGCGCUUGCAAGGAGUUCGCGCACUCCGUGCGUUCAGCUUACGGCCCCAACGGCAUGAACAAAAUGGUCAUCAACCACCUCGAGAAGCAGUUCGUAACCAGUGACGCCGCGACGAUUAUCAGAGAACUGGACAUCGAGCAUCCCGCGGCUAAAUUGAUGAUUCUGGCUAGCGAAAUGCAAGAUUCGGAAGUGGGGGACGGAACAAACUUUGUUAUAAUUCUGGCGGGUGCUCUUUUGGAGGCUUCAGAAGAGUUGAUCCGGUUGGGGGUGACUCCCACUGAUAUUGCAGAGGGUUAUGAAAAAGCUCUAGAAAAGUGCCUUGAGAUUCUCCCAAGUUUGGUUUGUUAUGAAAUUAAAGAUUACCGCAACCACGCUGAAGUGGUUAAAGGAAUUAAAACUUCAAUUCAGUCCAAACAGUACGGGAGUGAAGACUUUUUAGCUGAGUUAGUUACAAAAGCUUGCAUUUCUAUUCUUCCGGAAGAGACCACGUUUAAUGUGGACAAUGUUCGCGUGUGUAAAGUAUUGGGGUGUGGUUUACAGAGCUCGCAGGUUGUACAAGGGAUGGUGUUUAAGCGGCACGUUGAGGGAGAAGUUACCAAAGCACAGGACGCAAAAAUUGUUAUAUACAGUUGCGCCGUUGAUAUUCUCCAAACUGAAACUAAAGGCACUGUUUUGAUUAAAUCGGCUGACGAGUUGAUGAAUUUUAGUAGAGGAGAGGAGAAUCUCUUGGAAAUACAGAUCAAAGCUAUUGCUGACACUGGGGCUAAGGUGAUUGUUGCUGGGGCCAAGUUUGGCGAUAUGGCGUUGCAUUACAUCCACAAGUAUGGGUUGAUGGCGGUUAGAUUGAAUUCUAAGUUUGAUUUGAGGAGACUUAGUAAAACGGUGGGUGCCACGGUUUUGCCGCGCCUCAUCGCCCCCACGCCUCAAGAGCUCGGCUACUGCGACGUCGUUUGCGUUGAAGAACUCGGCGACACCCCAGUCGUAAUAUUCCGCUUGAACGGCAAAGAAUCCCGCAUUUCCACCGUAGUAAUUCGCGGAGCAACCGACAACUACAUGGACGAUAUUGAAAGAGCGAUCGACGACGGUGUAAACACUUUCAAGGGGAUAUCGCGUAAGGGACAAUUUGUGCCCGGUGCAGGCGCCACGGAAGCUGAAUUAGCCCAUCAGUUGACCCAAUACGCGGACACUCUCCCUGGUUUGGAGCAGUACGCAGUAAGGAAAUUCGCGACAGCGUUGGAGAGCUUCCCCAAAGCUUUGGCCGAUAAUAGCGGUCAUCGCUCCACGGCGGUGUUGGAGAAGAUCCUGGAGGCCCAUCAGAACGGACAGAAGAACGUCGGUGUUGAUAUCGAUGCCGAAAGCACGAUUUGCGACGCGUUAGAAAAGAGUAUUUUAGAUUUGUAUGUGUGCAAGUAUUGGGGGCUUAAGUAUGCGGUGAGUGCCGCCGCCACCAUUCUUAGAGUAGAUCAGAUUAUUAUGGCUAAGAGAGCUGGAGGACCGAAACCACGGAAGGCCGCAGGCAGCGAUGACGAAUCUUAAAGUUUAGUUCAGUAACAUAUUAAUAAUGGAGUAAACGUGAUACGAAAAUGUUAGUAAUGUUUUGUAUUAUGUUGGCACCAGCGGUUUGUAUUAUUUAAUAGAAUAAAAGCGACUAACCGAAAUAAAGAAUUUUGUAUAAGUGA